AUGGCCGGAGACAAUGAAAAUAAGAAUACGACCAAUAAUUUGGACUCGACCAAUCUGCUGUACAUGCACCUGUCGGAGAGUGCCGGAACGACUUUGGUACCUGUUGCCUUUGAUGGAACCGGGUACAGAUCAUGGAGAAAAGGAGUUCUCAGAGCACUAUCCGUGAAAAAUAAGGCUCGAUGCGAUGACAUGGUGACCUCGUGGAUUUUGAACUCACUUUCAAAGGACUUAGCUGAUAGUCUACAAUAUGUCAGUGAUGCUAAGGAAUUAUGGCAAGAGCUGGAAGAUAGAUACGAUCAAACCAAUGGAGCAAAACUUGGUGAGAGCAGCAUACUCAUGAUGAAUCCACUGCCCAGCAUAACACAAGCCUUUUCCAUCCUUAUUCAAGAAGAAAAGCAGAGAGAAGUGAGGCCAAGUAACAAACUGGUUAUGGAGUCCACUUCAUUGAAUGUAAAUGGGCCUGGGAAUAACAAGUUCAGGACAAACUACAAUCCAAAAGGAAAUAAUAAUAACUCGUACAAUCCAAACAAGCAAGGGUAUCCACCUGCCAAGUCUCGAUUGUUCUGUGAUUAUUGCAAAAAGCCAGGCCACACUAGAGAUAAUUGCUAUAGGAUACAUGAUUUCCCACAGGAUUUCAAGUUCACUAAGGGGAGAAAUGCAGCAUCUGCUACAAAUGUUCACACAGAAUGUGAAGAAGCCGAGGGUGGAUCUCACAAUCAAGAAUUUCAGCACUUGACAAAGGACCAAUACAAUCAACUGCUUAGUCUAUUGGAGAAAUUUCCAGGGAGGAACACAGCAGAAGGCUCAAACAAUAUAGCAUGUGGAGUUGCCAACUUUGCAGGUAUUCUAGCUUGUUCUACUUGUAAAGAGAUUGCUGAAACUACUAUAUGUAAAUGCUCUAAAUCAGUUGCUGACUUGUGGAUAUUAGAUAGUGGAGCUUCAAAUCAUAUGAACUAUAGAAAAUCUUUUCUGAAAAACAUUAGAACCUUAUCUUGUCCCUUUCUAGUUAUACUACCUAAUGGAUAUAGGGUGAAAGUGACAGAAAUUGGAGAUGCAUUUCUUGGUCCAAUGUUAACUCUAGUCAAAGUGUUGUAUGUACCUAGUUUCAAAUGCAACCUCAUCUCUAUUCAUUCUUUAACAGACUAUCUUGAUUGCAUAGUUAAUUUCAGCAAAUAUCUUUGCAUGAUGCAGGGCCCUUCAAUGAAGAGGCCUCUGGAGAUUGGUAAAGCAAGGAGUGGGUAUCCCUUUGGGGUAAAAGGUUAUAAAGUUCUGGAUCUAGCCACAAGGAGGGUACAUGUAUAUAGAGAUGUUCUGUUCCAUGAAGAUGUAUUCCCUUUUGCUAUUUCACCUGAAAACUCUUCAUUUCCCUCUAUUUUGCAUAUGAUAAAUUCUAAUUCUUCAUGUCCAAACACCAUUGUGAAUGAUCUUGCUGAUCAUUGUAUUGUUGACAGAGAUGCAUCAGCUUCUGCCACUAGUAGUCCUAUAUCUGAUAGCAGUCCCCAGUCACAAAUACAUCACCAAACCAUCCAAGUCUUGUAA